GGCGCCCCGGCUCCCGGCACAGCGGCCUUAUUUAUCUGGGCUCAGCCUCGGCCUCCCCGGUGGGAGGCUCGGGGAGGCCGAUCCUCCCCCACCGGGAGUCCCUCUCCGGGCGCCGCCGCGGGGGCCCGGCCCGGCCUGGGCGCGCGGGGCGCGGCCGGGCCCUGCCGGCCAGUCCGGCCCCUCGGCCGCCUCCGCGCUCGCCGGCACCCUGCAGGGCUCCCCAUGACGCGAGGCCGCCCGGCGGACAGCGUGGCAUGAGCCAGAAGCCCGGGCCGAGAGAGGCGCGAGGAAAAUGUCGAGCCCAGGCCUGGAUGGAGAGCGCAAGCCCCCGUGCGUGCCGCGGAACGGCCUGGUGAAGCUGCCGGGCCAGUCCAACGGCCUGGGCACAGCCAGCAUCACCAAGGGGACGCCCGCCGCCAAGAACCGCACCUGCCCGCCCCCGCCCCCGCCCCCGCCCAGCCUGGCUGCCCCCUUGCUGUCCCGGGUUGCUCUGGCUGGGGGUCCUUGUCCCCCAGCAGGUGCACCUGGACCCCCUGCCGAGCGGCCGCCGCUGGCCACAGACGAGAAGAUCCUUAAUGGCCUAUUCUGGUACUUCUCGGCCUGUGAGAAAUGCGUGUUGGCCCAGGUGUGCCGGGCCUGGCGACGAGUGUUGUACCAGCCCAAGUUCUGGGCGGGCCUCACGCCAGUGCUGCACGCCAAGGAGCUGUACAACGUGCUGCCUGGCGGCGAGAAGGAAUUCGUCAACAUGCAGGGCUUUGCUGCCCGCGGCUUCGAGGGCUUCUGCCUCGUCGGCGUCUCUGAUCUCGACAUCUGCGAAUUCAUCGACAACUACGCGCUCUCCAAGAAGGGGGUCACGGCCAUGAGCCUGAAGCGCUCCACCAUCACUGAUGCUGGCCUUGAGGUCAUGCUGGAGCAGAUGCAGGGGGUGGUACGCCUCGAGCUGUCCGGCUGCAACGACUUCACCGAGGCAGGGCUGUGGUCCAGUCUGAGUGCACGCAUCACCUCACUGAGCGUGAGCGACUGCAUCAACGUGGCCGACGACGCCAUCGCGGCCAUAUCACAGCUGCUGCCCAACCUGGCCGAACUGAGCCUGCAGGCCUACCACGUGACGGACACAGCACUGGCUUACUUCACAGCGCGCCAGGGUCACAGCACACACACACUACGCCUGCUCUCCUGCUGGGAGAUCACAAACCACGGCGUGGUCAACGUGGUGCACAGCUUGCCCAAUCUCACAGCACUCAGUCUGUCAGGCUGCUCCAAGGUCACGGACGACGGCGUGGAGCUCGUGGCCGAGAACCUGCGCAAGCUGCGCAGCCUCGACCUCUCCUGGUGCCCGCGUAUCACCGACAUGGCGCUGGAGUACGUGGCCUGCGACCUGCACCGCCUGGAGGAGCUGGUGCUGGACAGGUGCGUUCGCAUCACAGACACCGGCCUCAGCUACCUGUCCACCAUGUCGUCUCUCCGCAGUCUCUACCUGCGAUGGUGCUGCCAGGUGCAGGACUUCGGGCUGAAGCACCUGCUGGCCAUGAGGAGCCUGCGGCUGCUGUCCCUGGCAGGCUGCCCGCUGCUCACCGCCGCGGGGCUCUCCGGCCUGGCGCAGCUGCAGGAGCUGGAGGAACUGGAGCUGACCAACUGCCCCGGGGCCACGCCCGAGCUCUUCCAGUACUUCUCGCAGCACCUGCCCCGCUGCCUCGUCAUCGAGUAGCGCGCGGGAACUCGCCACGCGCGCCCCACCGGGUCCCCCGAGCCCUGCCUCGCCUCGCCCCGGGCAGGGGCGGCGGGCAGGACCGCCCCACGCACGACGCUCGCUCGGGGACUUUGCAUGCCCCUCGCGCCCGUACUGCACGCCCGCCCCGCCGCGCCCGUCCGCCUGCCCGCCCGAGGCGGCGCCCGGCGCCUUGAGCCGCCCUAACGCCUUCCCGCGCCACCACCGACACCCCCUGCCCCGCGUUGUCUCCGUGCCGUCCCCCACCCCGGGCAGGGCCCAGGGGGACUGAGGGGUGCUGGGCUCCUCCAGAACCCGGGGGGCCUGAAAGAGCCGCAAGGGCUUCCCGCAUCUUCACUGCACUGCGCCUGGAGCCCUCUACCCCAGCCAAGGUGUGUGAGGGGGACAGGUCAGUGCCAGAGCCAUGGUCUGCCGAAGAUCCCCGUCCAGCUGCUCGCGCGCCCGGGCCACGACUGGGCAGCACGUGCCCCUGCAUCCGCGGGGCCUUGCCGCCCUGCCUGGGGCUGCUCCACACCUCCAGGAGCCCUGGCCAGUCCCGCCUGGAGAGGGACAGCCAGCUGAGGGUCGCGUUGGAAUCAGCACAGACUCAACCAGGGCCAGCUGCUGGGUGCCCUGGGCAGGUCUGACCAGCCAUUCCCAUCGUUCAGUGGCCACCCCAGCCUGCAAUUCACCCCUCCCUCGCCUCUUGCACCCGUGCCUGCCCGAGCAGGCUCUGCUGUGUUCUGUUCCACCCCUGACCCCAAUGUCCCGGGGCACAAGGACGCAUCUCUGCCAUUGCCAGGGAGGGGGCUGGGACCCCCUUCCAUCCCAGCCGGGAACCCCAGGAGAGGCAGUGUGCGCACCCAGUCCUGGUGCAGCCCAGGGGCUGCCCUGACCCUGGCUUAGUGACCAGUUUCCAGAGAGGGAGAGUGAGAGAGCGAGCGAGAGUGAGAUGCUGUUGCAGCCGAUAGGCUCUGCAGCCCAAAGAUGCCCCAGUGGGCCGAGGGUCCGGCCGGCAGGGGGGCGCCUGAAGCUGUGACGUUUCCACCGGCCGUCGGAGGAGGGCCUGGGGAGAGAACCAAACGAGCCCCAUCAUUUUCUUAUUGUACAUAAACGACCGCAUUCUCCUGUAUAUGCCGAAGAUAUAACCUUAUAUUUGGUAAGUGUUUCUUGUGCUAUUUUAUCACGUGACCUG